AUGAAGACUUGGUGUAGUGCUCUGGCGCUUCUCGGUUGGGUACUUGUAGUGCUUGAUGCCCAGUAUAUCUGCUGGCAAGCCCUACUCAGAUGCCAACAAGAGAAAGACUGUGAACUGGCUUAUAACCAAUACCUAGUCGCGUGCGAAGAUAAUAUCCGAGGGAACAGGCGACAGUGUCCCAGCCAUUGCAUCAGUGCCUUGGUGAGACUAAACCAGACCCGCAACGGACCAGACCUAGAGACGUGCGACUGUGGGCAGGACACCCAAUGCAGGAGGGCAAAACGGGCGAUCGAACCCUGUCUUCCUCGACGGUAUCCAGGAGACGCAGCCAGGAUAGGAUGCACAGAGGCCCGCCAGCGUUGUGAGGAGGAGCCGGGAUGCCACUCUACCCUGACAGCCUACCUGUCAAACUGUGGACAACUUUUCAAUGGUAGGAAAUGCACGACGAAGUGCAAGACCACAAUUCAGCAAAUGCUCUUCAUCCCUAACGGCAUGCUGCUGAACCGCUGCGUGUGUGAUGGCGUGGAGAGACCCUUUUGCGAGGUGGUAAAGGAGAACAUGGGGAAACUUUGCGCCAUUGGAGACCACGGCGUCUCCACAGCCUACGGGGAAAUGGACGACAUAUACGAGGAUGAGGACUAUGAACUGAAAACAGACAGAGAGGACUUCCACCCUGAAUCGGGAGUGUCUUUCUCGAGCUCUACCCAGUUAUCUCCUCAUGUUACAUUGUUACAAGGGAUUCUGUUGCUGACAUUUUGCUGGAUUAGACCUUUCUAAGCGCACACGUGAAGUUGCAUCUUCAGGUGUUUGUAUAGUGCACUGCCUAUAUACGGAAUACCGGUAUCCGACUGUGGAAGAAUACCGUGUAGCCUACUUGUGAAAAUGUUAUUACAAGAGCAGAUUUGUUUGGGGAUAGAUUUGUAUCGGAGCGGACACAGUUUUUCCAAUAAACUGAACGCGCAUAUUUUUGUUUUCUUGUGAAUGGAUAUUCGCUUGGAUAUAUAAAAGACGGAUGGGUCCUCUGCUUUAGUUGUUCUUUGACUCAGUGUGGUGAUCAAUCCCAAAUCAUCCUCGGAAUCUCCUCAGGCGCGAAGGAAACGGGUGGCUGGCAAUCAAGCCUUCGCAAGAAGACUUAGGCUUGCGUCAGAACGAUUAAAGGGCUGCUUAUAUGGUGGGAAUUGAACCAAACUCAUCUGCUUAUUGGGACACGCAAAACAUAGGGUUCGUUUACAC